AUGGCAUCGAGAAACAGUAUAAGCAAGCCUAAGGACCCGGGCCAUGAGUACGCCAAGACAGAACACAUCUUUUUUGAAUACUUCGACCAGAGAAGUUCGAACGCGCCCUUUGGCUACGAGCACUAUGUGUCAUUACCUCCCGGAUACGAGACGGAGCCAGAAAAGAGAUGGCCGUUGGUUCUAUUCCUUCACGGAGCCGGCGAGUCGCAAAGGAACGCAAACGAAUCGUACCUUUCAAUUCGACACGGUAUUCCCAAGGUAAUUCUCUGUUACGACAGAGUGAAGUCAGGCAAAGAGCCGGUCAUCUCGAUCCCCAUGGCAAACCGACUGCGGAAGACCAAGCAGGCCAAGCAGGGUGACCUCUCCGAGACCGCAGUACCGCCAGAAGUGUGUACUUUGCUUGUGGAGAAUUUCAUUACCGUCUCGCCGUCGCUCAACAUGCAGUGUGGGUACGGAUGGAACGCCUCGAUCCUUUCAGCUCUGCUCGACGAGAUCGUUGAGCGCUAUCGUGUCGACAUGCAUCGAAUCCAUGUCACAGGAUUCAGCAUGGGCGGGUACGGCACCUGGAAACUGGCGUUGCACACGCCGAAGCGAUUCGCGUCUGCCAUGCCGAUCUGUGGAGGGGGUGAUCAUCUGCGGGCGUCCAUCCUCAAGCAGAUCCCGCACUGGAUCCAUCAUGGCGACAAGGAUGACAUCAUCCCUCUACAAGCCUCUCAGCAGAUGGUCGACGCCUUGGAAAAGGCAGGAGCUGAAGAAAUCCAGUUCACGCGAUAUCCUGAGCUCAUGCACGACAGCUGGACAGCGGCAUACAAUAAUCCGGACGUCUAUCGAUGGAUGCUGGAUCGUAGGCGGCAAGUCCAAGGAGACGAGAAGGUGGUGCCUGACGCGAACAAGACGACCGUAGCAUGA